AUGAACCCAGAUGUGAAGCCCUUUCACCCUAGAAAUAAAGGGCUGGCUCGAUCGGAGGGACUGUGGGAAAUGUAUUGCAACCAAUCAGAUCCUGUCGUCUUUGACCAUUCUGUAAAAAACGGGCGGUCAAGCUGGCCAGAUGCCCGUGCACACGCGAAUGGCGAAGAAUCGCCCUUUCACUUUAGACUUUACGGAGAAAAGGACUUCUGGGGUUAUGUCCUACCGAAUACCCUCUUUACACAGGAAAGGAGUUUCUCGUGGGGAUUAAGUGUCCCGACAGACUGGCAAUCUCCUGUGCAUCUUUGUUUUCCCGUCACCCUGCUUGAAGACGAGUUAAAUUGGGAAGAUUCUUCGGUUAAACCAAAAUCGGCGUUGCUAGACUCUUAUAAUGCUGUGACACCAGGCCUUGAAAAUGGAAAGAUCUUUCUGCCUGAGAACACUAUAGCUUCGGAGAUCUUGGAGAAAAAGAAUAGCUCAACUGAAAGUGAACAAUCGUCUGACGUUACGCUCUCUCGUUGCGACGAGGAUAAAACCAAAGUCUCUUCUAAUUUGUCGUAUUCAAUGAAGGAUCUACUGUUUGGAACUCCAAGAUCCGAUUCUCGAAAGAGACAAUUCUUUCUUUUUUCUUUUUUUCUUUCUUUUUUUUUUUUUCUUUCUUUCUUUCUUUUUUUUUUUUUUUUCUUUCUUUUUUCUUUUUUCUUUCUUUUUCUUUUUUUUUUUUUUUUUCUUUAUUCUUUUUUUUCUUUUCUUUCUUUCUUUCUUUUUUUUUUUUUUUUUCUUUUCCCCACUUUUUUUUUUUUCUUUCAAUUUUCUUUCUUUUUUUUUUUUUUUUUUUUUUUUCUUUUUUUUUUUUCUUUCUUUCUUUCUUUCGUUAAUUUCAUUUUUCUUUCAUUUUUAAAUUCUUAUUCUUUCUUUCUUUCUUUCUUUAAUCCUCUUUCUUUCUAUCUUUCUUUUUUCUUUCUUUUUUUCUUCUUUCUUUUUUCUUUCUUUUUUUCUUCUUUCUUUUUUCUUUCUUUUUUUCUUCUUUCUUUCUAUCUUUCUUUUUUUCUUCUUUCUUUCUAUCUUUCUUUUUUUCUUCUUUCUUUCUAUCUUUCUUUUUUUCUUCUUUCUUUCUAUCUUUCUUCUUUCUAUCUUUCUUCUUCUUUCUUUCUAUCUUUCUUCUUUCUUUCUUUCUUAUCUUUCUUCUUUCUUUCUUUCUUUCUUUCUUCUUUCUUUCUUUCUUUCUUUCUUUUUAUUACAGACUUUCUUUCUUACAUUCCAAGUCUAUAUUUAUUCUUUCUUUCUUUCUUCCUCACAUUUCAUUGUUCCUUUCACACUAAUCUUUAG